GGGAGGCCCCGUCGGGGCUCCAAGCUCCGCCGAAAGGAGGCGAGGCCGGUCAAAGUUCCCAGGAGGUUGGACACUAGAGGGCGAUGCCCGGCUCUGCCUGCGAAGCAGGGGGUAUAAAUAGGAGGCCGAGGGCUGGAGGAGGCAGCCCGGGAGCAAGCCGAGAGCCGAAGGGAGUAGGAAAGACUCAUCCGUGCAAGCGGCAGAGCCUGUGCAGCCUCAGCCUGGAGCCAGCGGGUCCCCCACCAUGCGCCGCGGCGGCCCGCUUUAGCUACUCCAUGGAGUCGGGCAACUUCUACGAGGCGGACUCGCGGCCCCCCCAGAGCAGCGCCCUCCAGCCGCACGCCCUGCAGCCCGCGCAGCAGCAGCGCCACCAGCCCGCUUCGCCCGCCGGGGCGCACCCGCACCUGCCCGCCGCCGGCGCCUACGGCUACCCGGCCUCGGAGCUGCCCGACAUCUGCGAGCACGAGAACUCCAUCGACCUGAGCGCCUACAUCGACCCGGGCGCCUUCAACGACGAGUUCCUGGCCGACCUCUUCCAGCACAACAAGCAGGAGCGCGCCGCCAAGGCCGGCCUGGAGUACGGCGUCGGAGCCGGGAUGCCGGGCGUCGGCUUCCCGCAAGGCGGCCCGCUCUACGGCUACGCGGACAAGCUGGAGGCCGGCGCGGCCUACGAGCGCCUGGCCGGGGGACCGGCGCUGCCCGGCCUGCGCCCGCUGCUCAUCAAGCAGGAGCCCCACGAGGACGACGAGGCGGCGGCGCUGGCCGCCCUCUACCCGCCGCCGGCCGGGCCCAACUGCAGCCACCUCCAGUACCAGGUAGCGCACUGCGCCCAGACCACGGUGCAUCUGCAGCCCGGCGGGCAGCCCACGCCGCCCCCCACGCCGGCGCCCAGUCCCCACGGCGGAGCCCACCACCCGCACCACCGGCUCCACGCGGCGGGCGGCGGGUCCGCGGCGUCGUCGGGCAAGUCCAAGAAGCUGCUGGACAAGAGCAGCAGCGAGUACCGCGUGCGCCGCGAGCGCAACAACAUCGCCGUGCGCAAGAGCCGCGACAAAGCCAAGCAGCGCAACGCCGAGACGCAGCAGAAGGUGCUGGAGCUGAGCAACGACAACGAGCGGCUCCGCAAGCGCGUCGAGCAGCUCAGCCGAGAGCUGGAGACCCUGCGCGGCAUCUUCCGACAGCUGCCCGAGAGCUCGCUCGUCAAGGCCAUGGGCAGCUGCGCCUGAGCGCGUGCCCCGACGGAGCCGGACUCCGACCCGCGCCGCCGCCAAGAAGGGCUGCUCGCUAGUGCUCUCUCCAAGCUUCUCUCUCUCUCUCUGUUUCUUGCCAGCAGCGAGGGCUCUGAAGCGCUCGCCCGGGGAAGCUGCGGCGCGCAGACUAUGGUGGGAGCCCUUCUUGCCCGCAAGUAGGUGCCGGGGCGCACACCGGGGGCUCGUGAGAAAUUCAACCCCUUUACCUACGUUGGGACUAAAAUAAAAAAUAAAUCCCUCAGUCUGGCCCCAUUUGCAGGGUGCAGAGCCAAAUGUGCAGGGACUUUUGUGCCUUAGACGGGGAGGCGGCCCCCGACAACAGCCUGGUAGGGUCUUUCUCCUGAAAUCUGAACUCUUCCCAGGACUUGCCAGGUGGUGUUUUGAAAUCGGGUGCGCCCCUGCCGCCCCGGAAUGUCAGUGCCUGGCAGAUCCUGGGCUGCCUGGUGCAAACUCGGCGGUCUCUCAAGCUUCCAGAAAUCGGACUGGAGCGAGUUUGUGGCGGAAUGGAAGGAGCAGAGACGUUUUACUGACGCGCCUGUUGAUGCUUCGGGGGUUGGGGAGUCUCUCGGGGUGAGGAGGGAAGCAGUGUGCAAUGGGGGAUUCUGCUGCUGCUACUUUUCAAAAAGAAUUCCCCCUCCACCUCCACCUUAACAAGGCUGAGAGGCAGGUUGGGGAAAGGAUAGGGGGGCAUGAUCUCUCUCCAUUACCACGUUGUUCAACCCCACCCUGGACUGAAAUUCUGGACUCAAAGGGAAACGGUCACCCCAGAAGGCAGCUUUGGGAUGGGAGGGGUCUUUCCUAUCCAAGCGAAGAGCAGCAUUUUUGGCCUGCACUGUAUGCUAAUGGUGGCAACCCCCCCCCAAACUGAAGGACCUCUGGAUGCGGGUAUUGACUGAUCUAACCCUCCCAAGUUCUCUCCCUCCCUUCCUUCAUCCCACCUGUGCCUUCUGUACUGUGAAAGCCAAGAAGGGGUCCCCUCGGUGUCUGCUGACCCUUCUUUUUAUUAAUGUUAUUAUUAUUAAUAUUUUGUAUUUUAUUGCUUCGAUCCUUGCCAUCUCACCAGCUGGAACUAGUGGUGUCCUGUCUCUUUGAAAAGAAAAAGUAAUAAUCCCGCUGGCUUCCUUGACAGUGAAAGCCAACUUUGGAGUUGCUUCUGUAAUUCCAGCAAGUAUGACCUGCCUGGGAUUCCCACCUGAAGGCAGGUAGAGAGAGAGUCUCGCACGCUUGUUGUUGACUUGGAGGUGCAGAGGUGGGGCUCUGGGGUCCCAGCUGCACCGAGUUCUGUCUGUGCGGAGUUUCCGUUCUUUGGAGAGUGAAGGGGAGGCGGUUCUGUUUUGUCUAUGCCCCCCACUUAGGGUCCCAAGUCCCAGUAAGCACUUUUAGCCAGCUGGUGCUUCUCUCCAAAGAAACAGCACUGAAUUUUUACCUAAGUGCCAAUUCUGAAUCCUCUUAGUAUCAGGUAGUAAAAAUGUUUAAGAGUUUGUCUUCUUUUAAGUGUGAUACCUGGAAAUCAAUGUGUUUUUAUAUAUGGUGUAUUUUUGGAGCUAAACAAAGAUCCAGGACUUUAAAUAUCCUGGUUUUAAAAGUCAUAAAUAAAAUGUAAAAUAUUCUGCCAUAA